AUGCCAGAGAAGGUCCGAGCCGUUGCCGGGAAGUUGAAUCUCCCUUUAUUCAAGGAGAUGCUUCAAGCCAGCGUUUACCCCGAUGUCUCGCUUGCCGAUGAGCUCCAAGACGGUUUGCCACUAACAGGGACCUUUGAGCUUCCCGAAUCCAUCUUCAGGCGGAACACCGGAAAAGCUAAGAAGCGCAAGUUCAUUAAUCUCGAAGAGCUACUCCGAUCUGGUCCGGGAUUGGCAAAAAGGAUGGCAGAAGCUCUCGAAUAA